UUCCGGCAAAUAAGCAGAGGAUUUUUCUUGGAAAUGGUAACAGCCAUAUCCAUUCCAAUCUGCUUCUGGGGAUUAGUUGGGAAUGCAACUGUCCUUUGGCUUCUCUGCAGCAAGGUGAAGAAGACAACAUUCAUAGUUUAUGCUCGCAAUUUGGUAAUGGCUGAGCUUAUUGUGGCUGCUUACUUCUUUAUAGUGUUUAGUUUAUUUCUGUCAACAUUUCAUGUCAAUUUGUAUUUUUCACGAGCAAUGGAGAAUAUUUAUUCAUUUGCAUACAAUGCCAACAUUCAUUUAUUAACUGUUAUGUGUGUUGAAAGGUAUUUCAUGGUCUUUUUCCCAGACUACUAUCAACAUCACCGUCCAAAGGAUCUCACAAAAAAUAUGUGCUUUGUUAUAUGGUUCUGGGCUUGCCUAAUGGCACUGGUGAUGUAUGUUGCCUGCUACCCAAGAUUUCUUUCAUCUCUCUAUCCGAGCAACCCCUACUGUGAAGCUACAAUAUUAUUUGAAACCAUUGUCUACCUGAUGUUUUUGUUUCCCAUCAUGUCCUUUUCUGCUUUGUCCCUUUUUAUCAGAAUGCGGAGAAGAGCAAAGCAAAGCCCCCAAUUAAGAAUUGAUCUCACCAUCAUUAUCCUGGUUGCCAUUUCUCUUAUUUUUGUUUUUACACUUCGCGUUGUUGAUUUCCUAUCCCACUGGGACAAAACACUAAGUGGACCAAUCACAUAUCAACUCUCUCUGUUGUUUGAUUCCAUCAAGAGCAGCAUCACUCCUUUGGUCUAUUUCUUUGUUGGAAAUCGGCAAAGGCAGAGGACCACAGAACCUAUGUAUGUGUUGCUUGAGAGAGCUUUGCAACAUAAAGAGAGCCCAGAUGCUGCACGCACCAGUAAGCUGAACCUGGACACAGAUGAACUCGGACCUCAGAAAUGAAAAAAGAUAGACAUGCCUGAUGUUGGGUAACUUUUUCUUUCCCGAACAGGCACAUUGCAGAUAUAUUUACUGUUUGUUCCUUCUUAGUUCACUACCUGGUGCUUUUAGAGGAAUCAAGCUCAUGUUUUAAAAAAUGGGAUUGUAGGACUUUAAAAUAUAAUAGGGCAAAAA